AUGCAAACCCUCAACUCCAGUGGUUCAAACCAAAAGAGUGAAGAGCCCAUGGGCUCAGAAGAGGGCUUCGGGAGUCAUGUUCCAUCUCACCCCUACAUGAGAUAUCGACCCCACUCCUCUCGAAUCCUCAAUCACCAGGGAUCUGCAGCUACCACAAUCCGAUGUGAUGAUAGCGAUCUAAUCAUUAACAAUUCGGUCGUUCGAAUUCCCACUAUCGAUCGAUUAGAGGCCGCUACUCAAUCGGCUGUCUCUUUCGAGUCUACUCAAUCCAAUAAGCCACACAUUUCCGCAAGAGAUUGCCUUGAUGUUGAACCAGUUCAGAGAGCUGUUAGCGAACCCCCUUCCACCUUCCCCACUGCAGUCCGACAAGGCUGA